GGACGAGGGGCGGCGGGCGCGCAGCGCUAGGUCCCGUGGUGGGGAGAAGGCAAGGAUUUCCCACCGGGGGCGUUGUCUGCAACUCGGCGGAGGCUCCAACGUCCGGCGGCCCGGCAGGGAAAGAUCAGAGCCUCCUAAGAAAUAUCCAAAAGUCAAGCCAUGGAUCCACCUGCACGUAAAGAAAAAACCAAAGUUAAAGAACCUGUCAGUAGAGUUGAGAAGGCCAAACAGAAAUCAGCCCAGCAGGAGCUGAAGCAAAGACAAAGAGCGGAGAUCUAUGCCCUCAACAGAGUCAUGACAGAACUGGAGCAGCAGCAGUUUGAUGAGUUCUGUAAACAGAUGCAGCCUCCUGGAGAAUGAGUCCCCUGUGUUCAAACUAGAUGGGACCCUGGGAGCUUUGUUUGAGGGUGUUGCCAUUUUUAAGCUGAGAUGGCCCAUUUGGAGCCUUACAGAACUAGACCAGAAGACAUUUGUGGAUAAAUCUGAACUUCUUAUGUGUAACUUCUACUUCACUGGUUCCUCCAAUCUGAAUUGGCUGCAUGCUUGCUGAAGAGACUUGUUUUCUUCUUCUAAGACAGUGGUUUUUGUUUUGGUUUUU